AUGGAUUUCUUCGACGUCCGAAAAUUUCAAACAUCGCAUCGCGAUUUCGUCAUCAAUGAUGGACGUCUUCAUGUUGUUUCAGACUAUUCCCUCAUUGCUCUACUUCCAGUUAUUCUAGUUGCACUAUUAAUCACAACAAUAUUCUGUGUCUAUAGGUUUCGAAGGUGGAAACAUAACAAAAAACAGUUAGCUGAACUAAACGCUUUCUACGAAAUAGUAGAAUCAUCUCCAUGUCUAUCUUCUGGGAAACCGUAUCUCAUUCAACAUUGUUCUGAUAUCGAGAAAUCAGAAUGUGAUCGCAUAACUCGUGCAGUUUGUGUACCAACUCAAAGUUCCAUAUUCUUCCAACCAAUCCCUCCAAAAGCUAAAACUGUUCGAUGCAAUGGGGAGGUUUUGAAAGCAGUUAAUGCUAGUGAAGUGAUUUUCCACUUUGCUCAGCUCCCAGAAAUCGAAAAAACCAACAAUAAUAAUAAUAACAACAAAAAAUCUUUACAUUUCGUCCAUCGAGUUUAG